CUUCCUCUUUGGGCUAGAGUUGUCGUAUAUGAUCAUAGCUGCGUUCAGAAAAUAGCAGCCAUGUUUGCUAAUUUGAAUCCUAAAGAAAGCCUGUUUAUUAUUAACAUCACUUGUAUCAUCUUCUCAUAGAUUGUAAACCCGGGACCCAAAGGCAGUGUUGCCUAUUUAAUCGUAGGAAUACGAGAUAACAGCUUUGAGUCUUCUUCUAUAAUGCCUGAUGAAGUUGGAGAAUACAUUACAUGGGAUCUGAGACCAUUCCUCCAGACAGAAUCUCUCCUGGGAUGGCCAUGUUUUGGAUGGCCAGGACCAUGAUUUUGUGAUCCGAAUGGUGAUAUGAAUGUAAAUGGCAUCACUACUGCAGAUGGGGGCAAUCAGUCUGGCCCCCACCCUCCUCCUUCCUCUUAUCCCCAUCAACACCAUCAAUCCAUCAUGGAAUAUGACUACUUGUGGACCCCAAACCAUUACAAUCCUGCCUUGGGCUCUGACUCUGGUUGUGGUACCCAUGAUACAGCCCAAAAACAGCAGCAACCCCCUCAUGCCUUUCAGGGACACUACCCAGUCAAUAGGAACAUGGGGAGUUCUCAGCAACCCCCAGUGACAAGGGAACAGUACUGGGGGCUGGGAACUCCUGGCCAACAGCAAGGUGGGUCACCUGUGACGAUACGAUACUCUCAUGGCAUGUAUGGUGUUUACUCAAACCAGAUGCAUACUGAUAUCUCACCAAUGCAGCAUCAGUCUCCAACAGUGCUUCAUCACCAACAGCACCAGCAGCAACCCCCACCUCAGCAUCUGCAGCCACAACAGCAGCAUUAUGGCAUGGUGCCAAAUGGAGUCCCCUGUUAUCAAUCUCAGCAUGCACUUCUGUCUGCUGAGCAAUCUGAACCCCUGACUCCCCUGAUGCCUACUGCACAGAUGUUUACCCCCCUGCAAGGAUGUCCGCAGCACCAUCACAUGGGCCAUGGCAGUACUGAUGGUUCCAUGGCAAUGCAGGUAUCAAUGAUGUCACCAUCUGCAAAGCCUGAUAAUGGUUCAUCCCAGGGAAAGCAGAGUCCAAAGAGAGGCACUGUGACCCAUUCCUCUGGGAUUCAAGUCUGUAGAAAUGAUUCCUACCAAGACGUGGAUCAAGAUUACAGUGGUACUAAGAGGACAUCUGCCCUCCGACAGCUGUCCACAAGUGACAAUUUUCCUUUGAAUGCCCCAGAAACUUCCCUAGUACCCACUAAUGACCAUAAUUUGCAAGUCUGGCAGGCAGAUGUGGAUACGGAACCAGCAAAACUGUGUCAUGACAUAGAAACCACUUUCAAGGAGUUGAGUCCAACUCCUGCCCCUGCCACUCAAUCAUCAAUGGCAACAGCAUUUCCUCAAACUAUUCCUGAGCCUACUCUGGUAUCUCCUCAACCACUGUCAGUACAUGCUUCAGUUUUACCAAAGCCUGGAAUAAGCACCACAUCAGCCGUGGCUUCCACUCCUCAAUUACUCACCACACCUCCAUUAAUAGUCGAAACACUAAGACCUCCUGUGGUCUCUUUGUCACCAUCUUUUGUUACAGUGCCUUCAGUACUUUCGACUUCAAUAUCUGCUAGUUCUCCAAUGAGUCAAGGCUCCAAAGCAUCUCCUGCUAUAUCUAUAUCACCUGUAACUAUAUCUCAGAGCCAGUCUCUGGCAUCACCUUCCAAGACCUCUUCAGUUCGACAUGUAGCCCGUACACCUAUAGUAGAGAACCAAGAUUCCAGUGGUGUACAUGUUACUCAGUCACCUUUAUCUCAAAGUACACAUUCUCCUUUGCUCACCAGGCCUUCCUUCUCAUUGGCACCUGCACAAAGGGCUUUGGAAUCCCCUCCUAAAUUCCCAAGCCCUAAAACCAAUUUUUUGACUGAUACAGGUGUUGAUAGUUCUAGCCUUUGUACAUUCCCUACACCUAUUGCUGUUACCUCUACUUUUCCUUUUACUGCUUCUGUUUCUUCUCAAAAGCGUUUAUCUGCCCAACAGUUCUCUGAGCUUCCCCUUGUUAUAGCUAAUACAAAUAUUGUAUUAUCUUCUUGUCAGGGAACAGGUAAUGAAGCUUCUCAUGAAUCAGAGCAAAAGACUACUGACAUGUCAUGUUCUCCGAUGAAAACCAACAAUGUAUCUGAAUUUAGAUGGACUCACUAUAAAGUCAAUGUGACUAGUUCAGUGUGUAAACAGGAGGACCACACAGAUCCCUCCAAUGACACUCUUGAUAAAACCCCAGAGUCAUCUUUGAGUAUGCUCUGUACAAAAGAACCAGAGAAGGAUUGUUUACCUGUAGUUAAAAAGGAUAUAUGCACCAGCAAUGACCAAGCCACUUCUGGGAAAGGAAAUGAUAACACAUUAAAUGAUUUAUGGGAUACUGAGACUAAGAAUGACAUAUCUUUGGCUGGGAUAAUUUAUGUUAAUAGGUCUGAAGCAGUGGAUUGUUGUGAGCACACCCAGGAUGAAGGUUCCUUCAUGUUUGCAGAUGGGUCCAUCAACAAAGACUUAGGAGAAAUUUUGCCAGAAAAUCACCAGACAGAUGACACCUAUUGUGAAAAAGAUGCAAUGGAUCUGACCACUAAGAACUCCAAUGACACAAUAAGACUCAAGGAUAAUUCUCAGAUUCAUAAUUCUUUAGAUGACACUCCAAAAGCUGACACUUCACAUCAUUUUUCAUCUAUAAAUGGCUUCUCUGAUAAGUUUAAUAAAGCCAACAAAACAGAGAGGAAAGAGAAAAGGCACAACGCGUCAGGCUCUGGCUUAUGUGUGAAUUAUACCAUCCUUGCAGUAGCAGACACAAGAGGGCAGGAAAGUACUGGUACAUCUGUUGUAGACACCAGCCUACCAUUACCUACCACCCCAUGUUCCAUGACAAAGAAGGCGGCACGCAAGACCAAGACCACAAAGGGUUCAACUUCUCCUGCUCAAAGUUCGUUAAGAAGCAUUAAGAAAAAGAGAAUAAAGUCAACACCUAAAGCUCCCAAAGAGGAUAAAGUGAAGGGUGAAAAGAAAAAUGAAGAGAAAUUACCGUUUGCAACAAAGAAGAGCAAAACUUCCAAAGAGGCACCUACCGCUGCCUGCUCUCUUCCUGAUGAAGCUUCAUCACUUCUGCUCAAAGGAGGCUUUAUCAAUGACUUACACUUGACCCAUGAUGUUGUGCACCCCAUUUCAAAAUCUGAGAAUAUGAAGGCCAGAGCAAAAGAAACUGCUGGAAAGUGUUCAAAGGCAUCCAAAAUCAAAGUUGUUUUGGAUGAAAAAGCAAAGGAGGACAACGAUGACAGCGACUUGAUAACAGGAGCAACCCCAAGGCGGAGAAUUGCUACAGAAGAGCAAGUCAUCUUCCCUCUUCUCCAUGGUUGGAGGCGAGAGAUUCGUGUGCGGAAGCUUGAAGACCGACUGAAAGGAGAAACAUGGUACUACACUCCCUGUGGGAGAAGAAUGAAACAGUUCCCUGAGGUCAUUAAGUACCUGAAGAGGCAUGAGGAAAAUCUGAAGGGAGUGACAAGGGAGCACUUCAGUUUUAGCCCACGUAUGCCUGUGGGUGACUUCUAUGAGGAGCGAGACACACCUGAGGGGAAAAAAUGGUUCCUUCUGGCCAACGAAGAGGUCCCAUCCAUGAUUAUGGCAAUAACUGGCAGACGUGGUCGCCCUCCAAACCCUGACAAGAAAGUCAGGCCUCAAUCUAGAGCCCUUCAGCCCAAGGGGGCCCCACGUAAGCGUCCAGGCAGACCUCCCAAAUUGAAAGCGGUCGAUCUGCUGAGCAAAAUAGAUGCCAGGCUGUUGAAGAGACUGGAGGCAAAGGAGGAGCUCACAGAGGAAGAUAAAGUCAAAUUGGCCAAGAUCAAGAAGAAGAUGAAGAAAAAGGCAAGAAUGAAAAAGAUGGAAGAUGCUAACAAAAGGAAGAUCAGGCAGGAGAAACUAAAAGCUAAGUUGGAGAAAGAGAGAGAGCCUAUCCAGGAGGACCAAGCUCAGUCUUUAGACACAGACAUCUACAAGUCUGUCAAUGAUCAACCGAAGAAGCCAGGCUAUAGAAGGAAGAUUUCUGUAGAGCAGUGUCCUGAGAAGGUCUGUCCUAUGAAGAGGAUAGCAGGAGCCCGUAGGAAAGCUAAAGCUCUGGCUAAGGCUGAGGCUGAAGCAGAGGCUCAAGCACAGGCAGCACUGGCAGCUAAGAGGCAGGCAGAGAGAAGGGCACAGGCCAAGAGACGCUUGGAGGAGAGAAAGAGGCAGCAGAAGAUCCUAGAGGAGCUGAAAAAGCCCACUGAGGACAUGUGCCUCACUGACCACAUGCCUCUUCCAGAGUUAUCUCACAUCCCAGGAUUGGUGCUGUCAGGUGUCACCUUUUCCCACUGUAUCACAGUGGUAGAGUUCCUGCACAGCUUUGGGAAGGUGUUGGGUCUUCAGGUGCCUAAGGAUAUCCCAAGUCUGGCCACCCUGCAGGAGGGUCUAUUGGGACUAGGCAAAAGCCAGAGUGAACUUCUUGACCUGCUAGUAAAUCUGGUCAAUGCUGUGUUGCAUGAUCCUGGUUUGCCACCAUACUACCAGUCAGUAAAGAUCCUAGGUGAAAAGCUGGUGGAUCUGGAACUGUGCCACAGCACAGUGUCAGAGGUGCUUCGGGUCUUUCUGGAAUCUCAUGGCUUUGAGAAGAAUAUAUGCAAUAGUCUCCGCACUAAAAGCUUCCAAACCCUGAGCCCUGAAAUUAAGGCCUCUAUCCUGGCCUUCCUGGUGGAGGAGCUCAAUGCCAGCAACACGGUCAUUAAUGAAAUUGACAAGACCCUGGAGAACAUGACUACCUACAAGAAGAACAAGUGGAUUAUUGAGGGCAAACUUCGCAAAAUGAAGGCUGUUUUAGCACGAAAAACUGGCCGCUCUGAGGAGCAGCUGCGUUUUGAGGAGCGGAGGCGCAGUACCCGUGUUUGUGUGGCUGAAGAUGAGAGCCUCGCAGAUAGCAGCUUGCUGGAGAAUGGCAGAUCUCGCCAGUGUAAAGAUGAGCUCAAAAUUUGUGAGGCUGAAAGUUCAAACACUGCAAGUGUUCCUGAGCUGGAGCGACAGAUUGAUAAGCUAACCAAGCGCCAAGAGUUUUUUCGUAAGAAGCUCCUCCAGUCAUCACGUUGCAUGCGGGCAAUGUCACUGGGACAGGACCGGUACCAUCGGAGGUACUGGCUGCUGCCAAAUAUCGGUGGUGUGCUGGUUGAAGGGCCAGAAGAGAUCUUAGCUUCAGGAGACAUUCUGUUCAUGGAUGAACCUAUGCCUUCUGUUGACAAAGAGGUUAUGUCUUCUGGGAAGGUGGAUAACAUAGUGGAGCCACAUCUGUCUCCAAUGCGCAAUGCUACCAAAACACACCUACCUUUUUGCCCUCACCCUUCCAAUAUCGCCCCUCCCCCCUCCAUUUUGUCUCCUCCAGAUGCAGACCCUCUUCCAGGUGAGGCUUCUCUUAUGAGCAGCCCUCGAGGGUGGGGCCGACCCCGUAAAAUCAGACCAGAGGUCGAGCUCCAUUUACGCACACUCAAGAACCGCCGCCGCCGCCACAGUAAAUCAGGUGGCUGGGAUUCAGUGCCAGGAGAAGUGCAUAAUUCUGAAAUACUAGAUCUCACCCAGUCUGCCUUGCAUUCCUGGAUGCAUCCAUCUCAGUGCUCUCUGAUCUAUGGCUCAUGUGACAUCUUUGCAUCAGGGUCUGAGAAUAGUAAGGGUGGCAGCCAAUCAGAAGACUUUAUGAAGGAGCACAUAGAUAGGAGACAAAUAUUGCCUAAGGAGUCAUGCAAAGAGGAAUCACUAUAUCCAUGCUCAUCUACGUUCCUGUCUUCUAUUAACGAGACUCCCCUUCCUCUUGGUACUAGUCCUCACCUUAGACCAGUCACACUGCCAAAGCUUAUGAUUUCCAAUCCUUAUGUGUGCUCCCCUAAGGCUCCCAGACCUGGCAGGAGGUGCAGGAAGGGCAGUGGUGCUGGGCACGGGAACUUUGAGGUAGAUGCAGUGAAACGCAGGGGCAGACCCCCCUCCUCUCCCUUUCAGGAAAUGGAGCAGAAGUACUUUACUCAGCUAGUAGUCAAGCCCAUACCACAGGAGAUGGUGAAAGGUUGGUGGUGGAUCAGAGAGCCUGAGGAACUCACAGCAAUUUUGACUGCUCUCCAUCCUCGUGGUAUCAGAGAAAAGGUCCUUCGCAAGAACCUUACCAAACACAUGGAGUUCCUGACUAAGUGCUGUACACAACCCAUGACAGAUCCUGUCUUUCAUCUGAAGGUGGAGGAUGACAGACCCUUGCUGGAGGCAGUGAAGCAGCCAUGGGUAGAGCAGAAGUGUGCCAUGCAGAUUGACAUUAGCAUCCUGCAGAUGGUGGAGGAUCUGGAGCACAGGAUGGUGGGAGCGGAUCUGCAGCUUAAGAUGGCUCCCCUGAUUGGAUCAAGCGACACUGACAGUGCAACCGAAUCAUCAUCUGCAGGAUUUCAGGUUUUCACUCCUCCAGAGCCUGACUCUACCAGGGAAGACCUGCAAUAUUACGAACAUGAGGUGGACCCCAGGGAAGACUGGAUGGUGAGGAGCAAAAAAGAGUGGUGGGACCUCUUGCGUGUACCCACAAACCCCCUGGAUCUGGCUGUGAUCCGCCUCACUAACCUGGAGAGGAAUAUUGAGCGACGCUAUCUCAAGGCACCACUGUGGAAUCUUGCUGAGGUGAUGCGCUUAGUUCCUCUCACAUCUCCACCUGGAGGAGAGGACAUUGCCAUGGACACGAUCAGCCUGGAGAAUGAGAUCACCCCCAGGUUGAGGACUUGGAGGCAAGCCCUGGACCGCUGCCGAAGUGCAUCGCAGCUCUCCUUGUGUCUGCUGCAGCUGGAAAGAGCCAUUGCCUGGGAGAAAUCCAUCAUCAAAGUGACGUGCCAGGUUUGCCAUAAGGGUGAUAAUGAUGCGUGUCUACUGCUAUGCGAUGGCUGUGAUCGUGGAUGGCACAUGUUCUGCCUGAGGCCAAAGGUCACUCAGGUGCCAGAAGGUGACUGGUUCUGUCCCACCUGCAAUUCUAUGGAAACUGAUGAAGAUUCUCAGACAAAACAAUCAGCCCGACAGAAAGCAAAGGCACGAAAACGACGUCCUGCUUGUGGAGGAGAAAGUUCAAAUGAGGAGCAGCGACAGAGGCAGAACAUGACUACACGGCAAAAAUAUGCCUUCGCCCCCUCUAGUGGGACAAACUACUCGCCCUCCAAACGCAGACGCAUGGCUACACGAAACCAGCCUGACCUCACAUACUGCGAGAUUAUUCUGAUGGAGAUGGAGGCCCAUCCUGAUGCUUGGCCCUUCCUAGAGCCAGUCAACCCCCGACUUGUGCCUGGGUACCGCCGCAUCAUUAAAAACCCUAUGGAUUUCCAAACCAUGCGGGAAAGGCUUCUACAGGGCGGCUAUUGUACUUGUGAGGAGUUUGCCACAGACGCUCAGCUGAUCUUUAACAACUGUGAGCUCUUUAACGAAGACACAUCAGAGGUGGGCAUGGCCGGACACUCCAUGAGGCGCUUUUUUGAGAACCGUUGGGCAGAAUUUUAUCCAAACAGUGAAAAGUAGAGGGCCUGUCAGUAGGCUGCUUUUGGGGAAAUAAUAUUUGAACAACUGCCCAACCCCACUAACUCCCCCCAAAAAACUUUUGUUAGCAAAACAUAUUUUGAAGACAUACUGUACAUGUAUAAUUUGUUCUAUUCAUUUUGUGCCCUCCUGUUAUUUUUAUAUAUUGUUGCUUGGGGGCAUAGCAGGAAAUUAUAAUUCUUAAUUUCAGGUUUUAAAGAGAAAGAAAGCAUAGGAACUGGGCUUACAUAUAGCACACUGCAGGUAUACUGUAUGUUCAUUGAUGCUGUAAGAAUACAAAGAAAAUAAUGUGUAUAUUUAAAAAAAAAAUUGUGAACAUCACAAUGAAAAACCACAAAGUGUACAGGGCUGCGCUAUUGUUGAAAAUUGCCUAAUCUUACACCAUUUACACUUAUACCUCACCUGGUUCAUAUUUGUUUAUUUGGAAAUCAUGAAGGACUUGUCUGAAAUGUCUUGUUUCUCUUGAAAUUUUUGGUACUAUGCUUAAUUUGUGCCACAACUUUUACUAUACCUUUUUACUACUAUCGUUAAUGAAGCACUUUGCAGUUACUUGCUAGAUUCUUUUUCAAAUAUAUGCUCGAUUAUGCAGUGAUCAAGUGACAGGAUCCCAUUCGCCAACAAGAGUGCAUUCUUUGGCUUCCCAAUUCAAAACAAAUAAUGCAUUUCGUUUUAGUUUAUUUGUGAUGCCUUGAAAACAAAAACAUGCUUAUCUGGUUCACAUCUAGAGCAAUGUCAAACAUAUGGCCCAUGGACUGGGACUGAUCUGAUUAAUGCCCAACAUAAUCUGGCCCAACAUAAUAAACUGUAAAUCUGUAUUAAUCUAAAUUAAAAUUGGAUCAAAAAUAAAUCAAAGUAUUUAUUAAAAAAAAAUUUUUUUUAAAAAGAACCUGGGCGUAGCUUUGUUUCUAUGCACUGAAUAGUUUUUAUUAAGUUUUGCUUACGCAUAAGGAUGUGCAUGUAUUUCCACACACUCCUGACCAUGCACAUACAAGAACCCAUAGUGGUAGAAAAGUGUAAUAGCAGGUAAGCUGACUAUACGGAGAAUCUAUAUCACGGAGCUGUAAUUACUAACUUCGGUGCUCAAAGAUGCAGACAGAUGACACAGAUGGACUGUAAAGCAAAAUCGUAUAAAAGGAACAUUUAAAGAUAUAUUGGUGUUAUACCUUGUCUCAUGCAGGUUUGCAGAGGGAAUGUGUUUUUAGCACCACUGGAAACUCUAUGCUGAGAGUGUGAAGUGGAUGAUCAGUUGAUUUAAUUUGCUAGGGCUUUUAGCUAUGGGUACAUUUCAAAGAGAAAGUGGAGACAGUACUGGCAUUUACCUGCCAAUUACUAGUUGAAUAAUGACACAUCUUUACUUCAUUUCUAUUGCUCACCCUGCAAUACCUUGCAUUUCUAAAAGGAAAAGACAGCAAAAAUGACAAAUAUUCAUGCUAAUGCAGAGUUUCUAAAUGUAAUUGGGAAAAUAGAAUGUGCACACAUACACACGCACACACACACACACACACACACACACACACACACACAGUGGGGGAAAUAAGUAUUGAACGUGUCAACAUUUUUUUUAGAAAAUGUAUUUCCAAUGAGGCUAUUCAUAUGAAAUUUUCACUAGACAUCAGUAUUAACUCAAGAAAUCUGGAAAUAUAAAGAAUUCACAGCAUAAAAGUCCAUAAAUGAAGUUAUGUGUAAUAAAAUGGAAUGACACAGGAAAAAAAGUAUUGAACACGCAAAGAAUAAGCAGUUCUCUAAGGGAAGGAACCAACUGAAAUCCCUAAGUAAUUAUACUGCUUAUCUGUGCAAAUUAAUAUCAGCUGGGUUAGUAAAUUGAUGGUCUAUAAAAAGGCUUUUCUUUACCAAGGUGUCACAUAACAAACAUUUCAUGAUGGGUAUAAGCAAAGAGCUCUCCCAAGACCUUCGGAACCUUAUGCUGCAAAACGUAUUGAUGGAAUCGGAUACAGACAUAUUUCAAAAUUUCUGAAUCUUCCAAUAAGCAUCACUGGGGCCAUUAUGUGCAAGUGGAAGCAACAUCAUGAACCCGCCACGCACAGAAGCUCCUCACAAGAUUUCUGACCAGGGAGUCAGACGAAUAGUCACAAGAGCCAAGGACAACUUGGAAAGAGCUCCAAAAACAAUUGGAGGCAGUAGGUACCAUUGUCACACAGAAAACAAUAGGCAAUGCACACCACUGCUCACGCUCACCACGCAAGACUCCAUUACUAAAGAAAAGGCAUAUCGAAGCUUGUUUAAAGUUUGCUACAACUCAUUAGGACAAGCCUAUGAAAUACUGGGAGAGUGUAGUUUGGUCAGACGAGAGCAAAAUUGUACUUUUUGGCUGUCAGACUACACACCAUGUUUGGAGAAGAAAUGGAACCUUACAUCACCCUUAAAACACUAUACCAACAGUGAAGUUUGGAGGUGGAAGCAUCAUAGUGUGGGGCUAUUUUUCAUCGCAUGGUACUGGCAGAUUCAUAUAAUUGAAUGAAUGAUGAAUGGAACCCUUUAUCAGGAGAUUUUUGAGAAGAAUCUGCUACCAUUCACCAGGAUGAUGAAGAUGAGACUUGGGUGGACGUUCCAGCAGGACAAUGAUCCAAAGCAUACCACAAAGGAAACUCAAUUGGUUUCAGAGAAAAAAAUAAAGGUGUUAGAAUGGCCCAGUCAAUCACCUGACUUGAAUCCAAUUGAACAAGAUUUAAAGAAAAUAUGUUUAGAAGAAUGGGCCAAAAUCUCACCUGAAUACUGCAGCCAAUUACUUUCUUCAUACAGGAUGCUGUCACUACAAACAAAGGCUUCUCCAGUAAGUAUUAAAUAAAUUUCGGUUAACAUGUUCAAUACUUUUUUCCUGUGUCAUUCCACUUUAUUACACAUAAUUUUAUUUAUGGACUUUAAUGUUGUGAAUUCUUUAUAUUUCUUGAUUUCUUGAGUUAUUACUGAUAUUUGGUGAAAAUGUCAUGUGAAUAGCCUUAUUGGAAAUAUGUUUACUGAAAAAAAUGUUUGUUUUCUUACAAACUACUCAUCAUAAAAGUGCCAAAUAAACUAUUUUUGUUUUGUUUUACUUCAUGCAACAAUAUCUUUACUUCAUUGUCAGUUCAUCUUAGACUUUAUGGCAUGUUCCAUGUUGGUAUGUUCCAUGUUGUUGAUGCAUAAGCAACCCAGCAAGACGCAUCGCCAUAAAGUAUGACUAAUAAAUGAAGCCCUUCUCCAUCAGCUCAGAAGUUUGUGUGUGAUUGGCCAGGAUUGAGCUUUAUUAGAUUAAAGGAUUAGCUUUAUUAAGUGGCCCACUGGCACUUUGAGUAAAUUUCUCUGAAUGGCCCAACUCAAAAUUUUUAACCUGAAUUUCUGACUGCUUGAAUUUUUUCUAACAUGUAUUUCUGUUGCCUGAAUUUUCAACCUUUUAACCUAAAAAAAACCCCCAUCAAAUUUACAUUUGUUUUUUCAAGCAUUAUAAAUGUAUACUUUUUUUUAAUCAUUACACAUUUAGGUUCAGGUUCUGCUGAUUCUGAUAUAUCUGCCAUUUUAUCUGUGUUAGUCAGUCAUCUGUCAGAUAAUCUAACUAGUCACUGAACAUUUGAGUCAUAUAUUUAUAUUUACUGCUUAAAUAUGUGUAUGUGCUUUAACUUAUGUGCAUGCUUCUUCCAUGAAUAAUGCAACAAACAUAAAUAUUGCUGUGGAAAACAAUAAUGGAACCUGUAACAUUAGCGUAACACAUGGUUUUAAUAACUAAUGAAUAAUUUUAUUCUUUUAUCUUCAUGUCGAUCCUAUACCCAUUAAUUUGUUCACUAUACAUAUGAUUCAAGUUACUUGAAAUUGGUCAUGUCCAAAAGAAUAGGCACUCCAGCCACACACCCGAUGCCUGGAAAUUUUAGAGAAAGUAGAAUAUGCAGGUAUUUCUCUGGGAGUUCAUAUGGAUCCACAUCAAUGAGUAAUUUUAUUCAUAUACCAUUGCUGUUACUAUUACCAUUUUGUAUCAUGAUGCAAAAGAAGGUGUUUAAGUGUGGAUACAGUGAGCAUGGUGAGCAGAAGUACACUGACAUACUGAAAGACUCACAUGCAGUAAAGUUCUAACAGUGCGUUGUGUGUAUCCACAGUGUUUAACAUUAUUCAGCAUUCAGACAAAUGCUGAUUAAAUGCAUGCCCACACAUAACUGUAUUUUGUUUACAUAGAGUAAUGUAAUGGAAGGUUACAGUGGUGCGUGAAAGUUUGUGAACCCAUUGGAAUCCUAAAAGUAGACAAAGAAAAGACUCUAGAGAUCGUUUGGUAACCUUUUCCAGCCUGAUGAGCAUCAACAACUCUUUUUCUGAGGUCCGCAGAAAUCUAUUUUCUCAUGCCAUGACACAUUUACACAAACAUGUUGUGAAGAUCAAACAUUGGGUAAUUUUUCAUUAAUAAAGGGCUUUUCACACUGAGCAUGAUUAAGCGACGCGAAUGUACGGUGCGAUGACGCUCUUGAAUUGAAACAAUAGAUCCCUAUGGAGCUAUUCACACCGGUCAUGACAAAGCAAGAUUUUUUUUUUUCCCAGUGUGUCGAUUCCUCCCCAUGCUCCACAAUGAAAUAGGCCAUCCAAUUAUAUUUGAGUUUUAGAUCACGUGCCUGGAGCCAAUGCUGUUCACAAAAGGCAAGACAGGUGUCAGCACAGAAAGCUGUUUUGAAAAUCAGCGUAAACACGAAAGAAUAGUAUUCCAGAAGAGAGAAGAGAAUGGAUGUUAUUGCGUUAUUGUUAUCAUUCGUGUAUGAGAACAGAGAACUUUUUGAUAAACAUCACAGUGACUACAAAAUCAUUGACAAAAAGGUAAUUUUUAUAUAGUGUAUAAUUGUAAUCCCCUUUAAUCUUAUAAUUAUUAUUCUUAUUGUUCUUUCACCUAUAUAUACAUGUUUUAUACUUUUAGAUUAAAAUAUAUAUGUUUAUUUAUUUAUUUAUCUUGCACAAAUAAACAGGUUUUAGUCCCAAUACUGUGUUAUUGCAUUAGAUUUCACAUUAUUUCAUUCAUUCUAAAACAGCUUGAUGGUGCUGUUCAAAAAACACACAAAAAAACCUUUCUGCCUCCCUUUCUGGAUAGAAUACACACAGUUUCUGUGCUUCUUAGUAGUUUGUGUUAUGGUGCUAUGUGCCAACAUUUACUGAUUGUUCUACUCAGUGGUCAAAGAUGAUAGGCCAAUCAGCUAAAUAGUGUGUUAUGCCACCUAGUGCGCAGGUGUAAAAUGCAUUCUCGGCCAGCGUGAGUUAGCUGAAGAUCAUUCAUUUGGUGUGAAAGCACCGUUCGUCUAUGAGACACUUCUUUUUAUCAACUCAGACUCAGUGUGAAAGGGCCUUAAGUCAAUGACCAAGUAUAAUAUUUUUGUCUCAUUUGUUUAAUUGGGUUCUCUUUGUCUACUUUUAGGGCUCGUGUGAAAAUCUGAUGAUAUUUUAGGUAUUCUACAUACAUGCAUGCAUAUAUAUAUAUAUAUAUAUAUAUAUAUAUAUAUAUAUAUAUAUAUAUAUAUAUAUAUAUAUAUAUAGUGUGUGUGUGUAUAUGUAUAUACACGUGUGUGUGUGUACAUACAUACAUUAUAUAGAUAUAUUAUGUAUGUACAAUACCUACAAUAUAAAAAUAUCAGACUCUCACACAAGUCCUAAAAGCUUUAAUACACACACAAGUCCUAAAUAUAUAGAAAAUUCUAAAGGGUUCACAAAUUUUGCAAGCACCACUGUAGGUAUAUUACCAUUAUGCUUUCCCCCCUUAAGAUUUUGGAGAGUUUUCCCAUCUUCUUGUUUCCUUGUCGAGUACCAAUAGCAAAGUCAUCCCCUUGUGACCUUGAACCUCACAUGGGUAACCAAAGGUCCCUGGUAUGUUGCGCUUGUCCUUGUCAGUUAUUGUCAAAUUGACUGAUCUAGGUGGCUCUCUCAGUCCUCUAGUUAGAACUACUGUUACAUAGUUAACCUUGCGUUAUUUUCUUCCAUUGCUGGCCACAAGAACAGUUUUCUUCUGAACUAAUUUCGGAUGUGUAUUAAAGCCAUUGCAAGAGUUUGAUGGUGCACCUCACCAGACAAUAACAGGCAGCACUCAUAAAUAGUGCAAACAGCAUACUUUAUAGAAACUGAGAAAUCACUCAGCCAUGUGUUAUACUGCUUCUUAUUAAGGAUGACAGUCACUCCAAAUGGCAGUAGUAUUGAAUAUUGAGCAUAAGAAUCACUUAACAUUCUGAUACUGUUUUUUUUUUUUUGAGGAUGAGGAUUACUAAAUGAGCUGAUAUUGUAGUCUACUGAGCAUAAGAAUCAGUCAGAGUAUUAAUGCUGAUAUACGAGCUCCAAAACAUUCCUUAUGUUGGAGCAUAAGGGGUUUAUGACUACUGUUUCACACCAAACAACAUUCCACUGCAUUAGUUUCAGUCCGCAAUAGUACAUACGGCCCUUUGAGGGGUUGAUGGGUUGCUAAAAAUGCUGCAGUUCUAGCCACACAGAUUUUAUUUUGAGUAUGUUUUUUUUUUCUUCCACAAGCUGACCUCCCAUUUCUGUUGUUACUGGUUCCAGUUUUACAGGGAGAAUACCUAAGGGCAUAUCCUGAAGCAGAAAAUGCAAGCUGGUCCAACACCUCAGGGCACAUUCUUGUCAACAAUACAGUCACAUGCUUCUGGCUCACAAGUCGUUGGCUCUGGCUCAACAUGUUGUUGAGCAUGCUGAAAUGGUUUCCAGUUUUACCACUGGGUUGCUGACAUUUUCUUUGCCAGACAUUGAAAGUCUAUAUGCACUCCUCUCCAAAAAUAUUGGAAUGGCAAGGCCAUUUUAUUUGUUUUUUGCUGUAGACUGAAGACAUUUGUGUUUGAGAUCAAAAGAUGAAUAUGAGAACAGUGUUUAGAAUUUCAGCUUUUAAUUCCUGGUAUUUAUGUGUACAUGUCUUAAACAAUAUGGAACAUAGCACAUUUUAUAUCAAACCACUUGUAGGUGGGCAAAAAUAUUUGAACAUGUGACUGAUAGAUGUUUCAUGUUACCCAGGUGUAUCUUGUUAGAUUGAUUGUUUAAACAUAAAUAGUUUAACCUGUGAAGACUGCAUUUGUUGUUAAAAAUGUUAACACCACAUGAAGAUCAGAGAACUGUCUAGGGGAGAAAUGCAAGCCAUUUUGAAGCUGAGAAAAUAGGUCAAAUCUAAAUUAGAGGCAUUGCACAAAUUUUGGGCAUAGCCAAUACAACAAUUUGGAAUGUCCAGAAAAAGAAAGAAACCACUGGUGUACUGAGCAAUAGAUACUGAAUGGGUCAGCCAAGGAAAACAACAGCAGCUGAUGAGAGAAACAUUGUGAGAGCUGUGGAAAAACCCCCUCCAAAACAACAGUCCGUAACAUCACCAACAACCUCCACAGGGCAGGGUGAAGGUGUCACAAUCUGCUGUUCGAAGAAGACUUUAAGAGCAGAAAUAUAGAGGCUAUACCACAAGAUGCAAACCACUCAUCUGCAGGAAGAACCUGAAAGCCAGAUCGGAAUUCACACAAAAAUACAGAGAUGAGGCACAAAAGUUCUGGAACCAAGAUUAACCUCUACCAAAGUGAUGUAAAGGCCAAAGUGUGGAGAAACAAAGGAUCAGCUCAUGAUUCAAAACAUACAAGCUUAUCUUUGAAACAUGGUGGAGGCCAUGGCUCGGGCUUACAUAUCUGCUUCUGGAACAGGCUCAUUAAUCUUUAUAGAUGAUGUAAUGAUGGUAGCAGCAGAAUGAAUUCAGAAGUUUACGGGAACAUUUUGUCUCAUUAAAGAGAAAUGCAUCCAAAUUAAUCAUAAGGAACUUUAUCAUGCAGCAAGACAAUUAUUCAAAACAUACUAGGAAAGGACUUGAUCAUGGCAAAAAGUGGAAGGUAUUAGACUCGACAAGUCAAUCACGAGAUCUUAACCCAGCUGAACAUGCAUUUCACCUCCUGAGGAGGAGACUGAAGGGAGAAACCCCCUGAAACAAACAACUGAACGAGGCUACAGGAAAAGCAUUACAAAAGAAGAAACCAACAAUUUGCUGAUGUCAGUGUGUUGAUGCAGUUAUUGCAAGCAAGGAAUAUGGAAGAAAAUAUUAAGUGUUGUUUACUUUAAUUUACUUCAAGACUAAUCUGUUCCUAUACUUUUGCUUGCCUAAAAGUUGGGUGGUCUGGUACAAAAUAUUCAGUGUUUUAUGUUGUGUAACACAUCUAGAUGUAAAUACCAACAAUUGAAAUAAAAGAUGAAAUCCUAAACUCGAGUAUCAUAUCCAUCAUUUGAUCUCAAACCCAAAUGUCUUUGGUGUUAGCACAAACAACUGAAUUGGUCUUCCCAUUCCACUAGUUUCAGAGGGGACUGUAUGAUUGCCUUUAUGAUCAAGACGGCUCCAUCUUCCGUCAAAAAGGCUCGCAUGACCUACAAGUCAAGUUUAAUGCCUGUAAAUGUAAAGGAUUAGACAUUGUCCAGACAUAGGGUGUAUUGCAACACAAUAAUAAUGGUGAAAAUAGUAAUAAGCGAAAUAUUAUAACUAACCUAUGAUGUGCAUCAACACACACUCUCUAUAGGUGCAAGAUUAGCCAAAAAUAAAUGAAUAAAUAAAAAUCAAGGGUUUAGAAAACUUUAAUCUUCUUCCUUGAAUUCACUUCCUCAACAAAGUGAGAAUAGGAAAGAGGAGUUGCACAACAGCGAGGAACUUUUAUAUCCUACCCAAAUGGGCUCACAGUCACAAGGUUGAUGACUCUGAUAUUAAUAUAGUUAUAUUAAUAUUGGUACUUAUCUGAGUGGUCCACAGCAAGAAAAUUUCCCUGGUGGUCCACAGCAAAAGGAAAUUAUGCUAUUUAUAAUAAGCUAAACGUAGUGCUUCAGUUUAAAAUAUUAUCUAUCUAUAAUGUUGGGGUAGCUAAUAUGAACAUUAGGGAACAUGAUGUUAGUAAAAAUAUUAUAUAUUUUUUGUAUAAUAAUAUAUAAUCUUAUAUAUUCUCCUUUAACGUGUGAUUUUAACACUCUAUAAGACUGUUAGAAAAUCUGAAAAAUCUCAAACUGCUUCACUUCUGGUUGUCUUUAAUAUCCAACAACAUGGUGUUGGUUACCACAUUAAGUGCAGGUAUGAUGGCCUCCACCUAUGCAUCUCUACAUGCACAUCCAAUUCCCCCUGCCGCACCUCCAGACCCCCUAAAAGACCACAUGAUCACACAUAGGCGAGCAUAAAAGUAUAAACCAGGCCUUAGCUGUUAGGUGCUAGCUAUAUUAUCUUCCAUGCUAAUGACUCAGAAAAGGAAUAGACAGGGUGGGUAUAACAAGCAUUAUAAAACUGGCAGUAUGGCACUGCCCUUGACCUUCAGUAUAUCCAUUUACACAUUAAAUGAUCCAAGUGUAAACAUUUUGACACACUAAUAUUCCCUGUAUGCAUUUUUUCACUAGCCUUAAAGUGUUUUUAUGUUUUCUUUCACUUUAAUGUAUUUCAGCAACUACGAGCAUUAUAUCAGUUCUUGGACCUCUGUCUGACACCAAGCUAAUCAAGCCUUCUGCUUCAUUAUUCCUUACAGGCUGCUUUCCUUUUAUGAACCACAUUCCAUGUGUUCUGUAAAAAAAAUAAUCUGGAUUAUUUUUUUUUAAUCUUAUUUUCUAAUCUAAAAAGACAAAUAAAAAAAAUCCUUCUAUAGCUGGGAUUAUUGAAUAGCAAUAACCUACAUGGAACAUGUCUGGACAACAUUGCAGAAAAGUCUAGACAAUUCCUGGCAUGGCCAGUAUAGACAAGAAAAUUUGUUCUAUAGAUAACUUUCAUUUGUGUAUGAACUACUCCCACACUGAAACACAAAGGACACUUUUUAAAAACUCCAUUAGCCUUAUAUUUACACCUUUUUACCUCUAUGUAUGACUAUCUAAUUUACUAGACUGGCUGGUCAUUGUUGUGGAAAGGUAAAAAGGUUAAUGGCAAGGUUAUACUUAUACAUUUGAAGUAAAAAUUACAGAUACGUUGUGGUAUACAAUUUCUUUACCGAAAUAUGCUGGUUCUUGGGUUUUCAGAAAAGACAAGUAAAUAUCUUGAAAAUAUUUAUUUAUAUAGUGGGGGAAAUAAGUACUGGACGCAUCAACAUUAUUUUCAGUAAAUAUAUUUUCAAUGAGGCUAUUCGUAUGAAAUUUUCACCAUACAUCAGUAUUAAUUCAAGAAAUCCCCAAAUAUAAAGAAUUCACAACAUUAAAGUCCAUAAAUUAAGUUAUUUGAAAUAAAGUGGAAUGACACAAGAAAAAAGUAUUGAACACGCCAACUGAAAUUUAUUUAAUACUUAAUGGAGAAGCCUUUGUUUGUAAUGACAGCUUCAAGAUGCUUCCUGUAUGAAGAAAUUAAUCGGCCACAGUAUUCAGGUGUGAUUUUGGCCCAUUCUUCUAAACAUAUUGUCUUUAAAUUUUGUUCAGUUGGAUUCAAGUCAGGUUAUUGACUGGGUCAUUCUAAUGCCAUGAUACACCUUCAUGCGAGUAGUCCAAUUGGAAAUAUAUUUUAUGAAAAAAAUGUUGACUCGUGUAAUAUUUAUGUAUUUCCCCCACUGUAUUGACAAGAAUCAAAAUUGAGAUGUAUAAACAAAAGGUGAAAUUUACCUCAUGACAUUAGACACCCCCCCGACUGAUAAAUCUCUUCAUCACUGUUACUGGAGCAUUUAUUAAUGGUGGGAAACUCUAGUGUUGUACAAUAACUGUUAUUUCUUGAAGAUCUCAAAUUAUAGGAUGCAAGGAAAUGUUAGAUGCAAUAUUCCUUUUAUAGCUUAGCAAAAGGUUUUAUGUUACAUUUAAAAGUAGAUGUAGAACACUGAGCUUGUAUAUAAGUAUGUUUUCCUCUAUGGAAAACAUGACAGUGAGAGAAUAGAAAAAAACUAUGAUAAUGAAAUGUAGUUUUUACACUGAACUUGUGCAGGAUAAUAUAACAUAUUUCACUCUGUAUAUCUAUCUGUUUAUGGAGACACACAAGGGACAUUUUCCCUAAAAGAGCUGGAUGUUAUAAGGAAAUGUAAUACUAAACCAUAAACCCAAAUGUGGUGUUAGUGGAUUUUAAAUAAUGUACAGUUUCUGUGACUUUCUCCCUUCUAUAUUUUUACAGAAAUAUAAUUUUUAAAAGUUAGCUUUAUGUUAUCAUGUUGUUUUAAAGUGAUAUACCGUGCAUCUGUAGAAUGUACUGCAAGCAGAAAUAAAAUGAGUUUCAAUACUCACUUGGAUUUA